AUGAGCGGGGACGCUUAUUCAGAACGUACGUUCAUCAUGGUCAAGCCGGAUGGCGUUCAACGCGGCCUGGUCGGUAAGAUAAUUAAGCGCUUUGAAGAAAAAGGAUUCAAAUUGGUUGCAAUGAAGUUCAUGUGGGCAUCUGAAGAAUUGUUAUCAAAACACUAUGCUGAUUUAUCAAGCAGGCCAUUUUUUCCAGGUCUUGUCAAAUACAUGGCUUCUGCACCAGUAGUGCCAAUGGUAUGGGAAGGAUUAGAUGUUGUAAAAACUGGACGUUUCAUUCUUGGCGCAACUGACCCAAAAAAUUCAAAUCCUGGUACAAUUAGAGGUGAUCUAUGUGUCCAAGUUGGCCGCAACAUAAUUCAUGGUUCGGACGCUGUAGAAUCAGCCAACAAAGAAAUUGCACUGUGGUUUUCGGAAAAAGAAGUGGUAUCAUGGUCAAGGUCUAGUGAUUCUUGGUUAUAUGGAGAAAACUAA